CUCGCCCUCUAAAAUCUCACUAAAUACAUUUGGUUUUAAUUUCACAGAUUACGAUGAAGAAUGAAGAAGAAGCUGAAAUUCGAGGGGAUGUCUUAGAAUCCAUCCUCUGUCACGUUCCUCUCAUCAAUCUCCUCCCAGCCAGCCACGUCUCCAAAUCGUGGAACCACGCCGUCUUCUCCUCUCUCCGCCACUUCAACCACCCCAAACCCUGGCUUAUUGUCCACUCUCGGAACUCACGCCCUCCGUACUCCGCUGCUGGCACCGUCGCCUACGACCCACGAUCCAACAUAUGGGUUCGUCUCCACACCCGAAACCCACCCUUGGAUUACGCCUCAGUUCUCCGCUCCUCCAACUCCACCCUCCUCUACGUGCUUUCUCUCUCUAAAUUAUCCUUCUCUUUCGACCCGCUCCACUUGACGUGGCACCACGUGGACCCACCCCUUGUUUGGCGAACCGACCCUAUCGUCGCCAUGGUUGGCAGCCGAAUCUUUAUUGCCGGCGGUACAUGCGACUUCGAGGACGAUCCACUCUCGGUCGAAAUCUACGACGUCGACGCUCGCAGGUGGUACACGUGUGAGUCCAUGCCAGCAAUCCUCAGAGGCUCCGCAUCUUCCACGUGGCUCUCCGUCGCAGCCAGUUCUAAAACACUGUUCGUCAUGGACAAAAGUUCCGGUUCUACGUAUUCUUUCGAUCCCACUUCCAGGAUUUGGUCGGGACCGUUCAAUUUGCAUCACGAUCAGAACAUUUUCUUUUCAGCGAUUGGGUUGUCACGAGACAAGCUGACAAUGGUGGGUUUACUCGGAAACUCCGAGAAUGUUAGAGAGAUCAAAAUGUGGGAACUAAAGGGAGAAUCGUUUGAUGUUUGUAAAGAAAUCGCGGUGAUGCCGAAAGACAUGGUGGAAAAGUUGAAAGGGGAACAUGCAAGUUUAAAUUCAAUAAAUAUAUGUUGGAUGGCUGAUUUUUUGUAUAUAUACAAUCCCCAAGAGCCCGAGGAAUUGGUGAUGUGGGAGAUUUUCGGUGAAGGGCUUUGCCGGUGGAGAAGUUUAAAGAACGCGGCGGUGAAUGAUCGGAGUAGGGUGGCGGAGAAGAUGGUGCUUACGUGCGCCGACGUGGGGUUGGGUGAUCUAGGGAAAGCGGUGGGGUCAGAGAAUGUGCGUUUCAGUAUUCUUAGUGAUGGGAUUUUACAGUGAUUAUCUGAACAGUUUGUUUAGUACGAUG